UCUGCUAAAACCGAAUCUUCAUGGAGCCCUGUGGGAAUCGAAAAUUGGAGCUGCAAUUCUGCAACGUCACUCACCUCAUCCAAAUCCUUGAAAACCCCAAUUCCUUUCAUUUGAUCGUCGAUCAACGAUGCCCGUUUUCAAAACUCCGUUCAACGGCUACUCCGUUAGGUUCUCACCCUUUUACGAAUCCCGUUUAGCCGUAGCCACCGCCCAGAAUUUCGGCAUAUUAGGGAACGGCCGUGUCCACGUCAUCGACCUCUCUCCGAACGCCCCUGUCAUCAACGAACUCAUCGCCUACGACACCGCCGAUGGUGUCUACGAUCUAGCCUGGUCCGAAUCGCAUGAUUCCGUCCUCGUCGCUGCCGUCGCCGACGGAUCUAUCAAAGUCUACGACACUGCCCUCCCUCCUCACUCCAACCCUCUCCGCUCCCUCAAAGAACACGCCCGUGAAGUCCACGGUCUCGAUUACAACCCAACGCGGCGCGACUCGUUCCUCUCCGCUUCCUGGGACGAUUCCGUCAAGCUCUGGACCCUUGACCGCCCUGCUUCCCUUCGCACUUUCCGUGAACACGCGUAUUGCGUGUAUUCCGUCGCGUGGAACCCUAAACAUGCCGACGUUUUCGCCUCGGCGUCCGGUGACUGUACGGUAAGAAUCUGGGACGUUAGGGAACCCGGUUCAACGAUGAUAAUCCCGGGUCACGAACACGAAAUAUUGUCGUGUGAUUGGAAUAAAUAUGAUGAAUGCCUGAUUGCUAGUGCAAGUGUAGAUAAGAGUAUUAAAAUUUGGGAUGUAAGAAACUAUAGGGUCCCGGUUUCGGUCCUUAAUGGCCAUGGCUAUGCUGUCAGGAAAAUUAAGUUUUCACCGCAUAGGAGGAAUUUGAUUGUGUCUUGUUCGUAUGAUAUGACCGUUUGUUUGUGGGAUUUUAUGAUAGAAGAUGCACUUGUUGGAAGGUAUGAUCAUCAUACCGAGUUUGCUGUUGGGGUCGAUCUCAGUGUUCUUGUUGAUGGGCUUAUGGCCAGUACUGGAUGGGAUGAGCUUGUUUACGUUUGGCAGCAGGGGAUGGACCCCAGAGCAGCUUAAAAGGGAAGUUUUUUUACCUUCUUUCUAUUGUUUCUCUUUGCCCUUUGUGUAUUUCAUUGUCAUAUUUCAGAUGAGUACUGGAAUGGUUUUGGCUUUCCAAUAGGUGAAUGAUAUACUUGGAAGGGGAUUGGUAAUGGAGGACAUGAUGCUGUUGUUGUAGUUAAUUGUAAUUUGGUUUGGAUAUGACCUGACUUUGCUCAAUUGCAUUGUGUUCUUGAUGAAUAAAUAACCCUAAUUAUAUCAGAUAUCAAUCCACCAUAUAUCAAUUCUAAUAAAAGUGAAGGAGUUUCGAUUUUGCUUUUCAUUUUUAUUCUUUUUCCAGCUUCAAAACUCUUCAUGUCAUGGCUGCAGAUAGAGUCUCCUUUGUACAAACUCUACAACCUUGACUUAACUCUUGCAUACGAGUCUUUUAUAAGCUAGGUAGCAGACUGUAUGAGGCUUACAGAGUGCUGAUAGUAACGUCUAAUGCCUCUAUAUUCUUGAAGCAAUUCAUAACUUUUUCUCUUACACUUUAAGUAAAUUAUAUACACAAUAAUCGAAAUUAGACAUUGAAUGUCUGCAUUUAAGCCUUAUUAAAUGUAUAGAAAGGAGGUGUGAAGCCUGGAGACUGUUUGUUCCCUACGUUAAACUGGUUGACUGUUUGUUCCCUAUGUUAAACUGGUUGCUGCUCAAUCCCGGCACCCUUUUCUAGAGGUAGUGGCAGAGCUGUGCGAGACCGUUUCUUACUUUGGUUGAAUAAGGUUUUUAAGAAGCCUUCCGCCCUUAUUUGUUGCUCUUGGGAGUAUCAGUAUAGGACGCAUUAUACAGUUAGCUAUUGUACACUGAAAUCAAAUCGUAGCUCACCCUUAGAUCAUUCAAGGAAAGCUAUUGCUGAUCAAUGACUUGAUUGUACUUUGAAGGGCUUCCAAGAAGAGCCUCAGAUAACAGUUAGAAGUUUUAAGUUUUAGGAUAUAUUCUUGUAGAUAUCAUUUUCUUUUUGUUCAUUGUUCUUGUAGAUAUUAGUCAAGGCAUUACAGGCCAUUAUGUUGAAUCUUAAUUUUGUUUAUUGUAAUGAAAUUUAACAUUUGACAUGGUUUAUAACCCCCAAAA